AUGCCCUCCUUAAAAUCAAUGGCCGCAAGUUUCAUGCGCUAUAUCCAAUUGGAUUUAGCUUCCUUUGAAGACAAUUACAAGAAGACCGUCGAUGAAUAUCUCACCCUAGCCGCUAUCCAGUACCAGAAACGAGAACUGGAGGAAAUAUGGGAUAAGAUUUCCACCAGAUAUGAAUGGGUUCGAGAAUCUGAACUAAUGGAUGACCCCGAGAAAGCUGCUACCAUCAACAUAGAUGAACUCACCCGAGAAUACGCCAAAGCCAAAUCUCUGUUCAGAUCUCGAAUUAUUUCGAUUGAUGCAGCACUGGCAGAAGCAACCCGACUUGAAACCUUGAAAAAUUCCCCACCUACCCCUUCUACCCCUGUAACCCACUCAGCAACUAGCUCAUUAUUUAGCGUACCCCCAUGUGACAUGCAAGAUUUUCAUGGCGAUUACAAAUCUUGGACAUCUUUCCGAGAUAUGUUCAAAGCCAUUUAUGGCAAUAACUCUCGUCUUAGUGGGGUAGAAAAAUUGUUUUACUUAAAACAAAAAACGCGCGGGGAGGCCAAAGAAAUAGUUGACAUUGCGCCAUUGACAAACGAUGGCUUUGUUAUCGCUUGGACACAGCUAACUUCUCAAUAUGAGAAUAAACGCAUGCAAAUUAAUGCACAAUUGAAAACUUUAUUCAAUCUACCAUAUGUCAAUGUCCAAUGUGGUGUAGCUAUUCGUAAAUUACAGAGAAAAAUAAAUAGUUGUAUUUCGAAUCUAAAUACACUAGAUAUUGAUACAGAUAAUUGGGAUCCAAUUUUCGUAUAUCUCUGUUCGUCUAAACUGCCCAAAGAAACACUCGAAGAUUUUGAGAAAACUCUAAGAGACAGUUCCAAUAUACCCUGUUGGACUGAAAUGGACAUAUUUUUGACAAACACAUAUAAAGGACUUGAAUCUGUUAAUGAUAUCAAGAAUCCAAACACAUACCCAAGAAAUAAACAAAAUUCUGACAGUAAGAACCAAAAUGAGCGAAAAGGCAAUACAUUUGUAAAUAAUGUUACCCAAGAACCCAAAAAAGAUACCCAUGCCAAGAGAAAGCCUCAACCCGAACAAAAUCCUUCAAACUCCACCCGAACCCAAAACACUAGUAAGCCCAAUGGCUCUGUAUGUAAGCUUUGUAAAGCAAAUCAUACUUUGAGAGAUUGCCCCUCCUUUAUCUCAAUGGGAGUAGCCGAAAGGAUUAAUUUUGUUAAACAAAAUGGCUGUUGCUAUAAUUGUCUGGCGAUUUCUCACGGCAUUAAAGAAUGUCACAGUACCUUUACUUGUAGACAUUGUGGCGGAAGACACAACUCUCUUCUUCACAGACCCUCGUCGAAUUCUAACACACAUACGAACUCUAACCCAACAGAUGAACAACCAUCAACAUCAACACGGAAUGUGUCACAGUCGUUUUCAACUCUGACCAAACAAACUGAUAGUGUAUUAGAUGACCGAAAAAAGCUUUUAGGAACAGCUGUUUUAAAUAUCCUAGUUCAUGGUUCUCUAUUCCCAGCGCGAGCUCUAAUAGACCCAGCGUCAGAUUUUUCGUUUAUUUCUGAUCAAUUUAGACGAAAAUUACACAUACCCACACAACCCAUAAUAGCUGAAAUAUCUGGUUUGAACGAAGUUGUAUCAGCUCGUUCAAAUAAAAUGUGUGAAGUUACUCUGAGGUCCAAUACCCAAAAAGAUUUUAGUAUAGAAAUCCAAGCGAUAGUGAUGAAAACGCUAACUCGAACAUUACCCACCCAAAGCAUAAACCCUAAUUUAAUCAAAGAAUUAGAAAAUAUUCAGUUAGCAGAUCCAAAGUUCUACGAAAGUAGACCUAUCGACUUCAUUAUAGGAAGUGAUUUCUACCCGCAGAUUUUAAAAUCUGGCGUUAAGAAAAACUAUCUUAACACACUGGUUGCUCAAGAUACCGAAUUUGGUUGGAUCUUGACAGGACCCGUCGAAGAGACUUGCAGAACCCAGAAAAUUGUUUCAUAUUUUAGCGCAGUAACCCUUAAUAAAUGCUUAACGAGAUUUUGGGAAAUUGAAGAAAUCCCGCAAAAACCCAUAAAGUCAGUUGAAGAAACUGUAUGUGAAAAUAUUUUCACGAAAACUACCCUACACUUACCCAAUGGUCGUUAUCAAGUAGAUCUUCCGUUUCGAACACCGCAGCUAGAGUUAGGAAACUCACGCCAUGUGGCAAUGGCACAAUACUUAAGAAACGAGAAGAAUUUGAUGAAGAAUCCUACUUUAAAGUCUGAGUACGAUAACACUCUGCAAGAAUAUGUUGACUUAGGUCACAUGAAAGCAGUUAAUUUUAACCCAAACAGUUCUUCCACGACUUAUUAUUAUCUACCCCAUCAUGCUGUUGUCAAAUCCGAUCGUGUUACGACAAAAGUUCGAGUAGUUUUUAAUGCUUCUAGCAAAACUUCGAACGGCAACAGCUUAAAUGAUGCUCUAUUUAUUGGUCCCACAUUACAACAGGAUUUAUCUAUUGUAAUAUUAAAAUGGCGCUUUUAUAAGAUCGUUUUUAAUGCCGAUAUUACAAAAAUGUACAGGCAGAUCUUAUUGAACACUACCCACACCCCGUUUCAGCGAAUAUUAUUUCGUAAAAGCGUUAAUGAACCCAUAAAGGACUAUGAACUUCAAACUGUCACGUUCGGAGUUAAUUGCGCACCCUAUCUAGCAAUUAGAACUCUUCUUGAACUGGCAAAAGAAGUUGAAACUACCCACCCGAUUGCAUCUCAUAUAUUGUAA